AUGUUUGCGGUGAAAAUAAUAUUUUUAUUAUGUUUAACGAAGACCUUAGCAACACCAGCAGGGUAUAAACACAAAGGCGAAGGAUAUGUAAUGGCUCCUCCAUGUGCUCGUGGUGGAGGUGGGUGCGCUGGUCCUCAGCCUGAACCAAUGCCUGCACAAGGAAUUGAAGAGGCUGGUUUUAGCAGUGCUGAGAGCGGCUUUGGAGGACCUCAAAGUGGUUUUCAAGAUGUCUCAGUUAAAUAUCUUCUAAAAACAAUCAAACCAAACUAUGGUUUUUACGGACUCGUACCGUUCAAAAUUACUGUAUAUUCGAUUGUAGCAGUAGGACCAAUGGAACGCAAACCAGGCCCAUAUGCGCCAGCACCAGCAGCAGGAAACGGUUACCAAGCAGCUGCAGGCUACCAAGCGAAUGGAGGCGGCGGUGGCUUUCCACCAGUAGCAAAUGGCGGUGAUAAAUACGCACAAGGUGCAGGAGCUCCGCCACCACCUCCACCUCCACCACCACCACCACCACCACCACCCCCACCUCCACCACCACCGCCAGCACGCCCAGCACCACCACAGGCAGCUCCCAUGCCAGGUGAAACUUAUGCAGAGGGUCCAGUCGGCUUCCAAAAUGCUCCCAGUUCUUACCGCCAUCGGCAAUACGCCCAUCAUCAUUAUCGAAAUCUACGCAAUUAUCGACGUCAACACCACUGA